AUGGCGGAACCCCGUGCUCGAACUCCCUCACCAGUCUCACCACUCAAGGCCUCCGACGCACCUCCCGAGUCCCCUACCACAGCUCGAGAACUAGACUUUGAUAGUGAUCAAGAGACUGGUACUACAUCUCAACCAUCAAGUGCAAGGAUGGACACCAUUCCUCGGCCCCCACCCAAAGACGAAACUCCUCCGACGAAGCCUCCAAGACCAACAAAUACCCGCGAGCAAGCUGAGAUUACACUAAGGGAAGCUUUCCCUUCCAUCGACGCCAGCGUCGUCAAGGCCGUCCUAACCGCCAGCGGUGGCAAUGUGGAACCGGCUUUCAACGCUCUACUGGGCAUGAGUGACCCAGAUUCACAAAGAGAACCCGAACCUCCAGCCAAGCCUCCUCGACCAAGUCAGCAACAAGGCCAGACAUCUACAAAGUUGAGUCAGAUGGAAGCCGACGAGCUAUAUGCAAGACAACUAGCCGAACAUUAUGAUGGGUCGAGAACAGGUCAACGUAGGGGUUCUGGAGGGAGAUUCAAUGAACAUCUUCAAGGUUCAAGAGCUGGUCGCCCAGGAGCAAACCCCAAUCCGGAUGAUGUCCCUUGGCGGAGUUUUGUAGAUGAUGAUCUUCCGGAAAUUCGAGACAACAUUCGGAAAGGCUUUCAGGAGACACAAAAGACUGUAAACAGUUGGAUCAGUGCUUUCAAGAAGAAUUUCGAUGGAGAAGAUGAAGAUGAUCCACAGUAUCGUCCAGCGCAACCUCCUCGUCCAGGUCAACAACAAGGAGCAGGUAAUUAUCCUGCCUCAGGAGGAUACCCGAAUCGCCGCAGUGGUGAUAUGCGACGAUCCGCAGACAUGCAACGAUAUGAUGCAGAUCCUCAGCUUAUUGGUGACGAUUUUUCGCGACUCGAAUUACGAGAUGGAGAAGCACCACCACGGACCUCCAGCCGCCCACUAGCGAAUCCAAAUCUGUUCCGCUCAGGUGCUAAUGACCCCGAGCGUCGUCCGUCCCCAGGAGGCAACCGCAAGGUCUCAUUCCAAGAUGGACCACCAGAAGAGAUCCAGGACAUGUACUCAUCAUCCAAUACGAAACCAUCGGCCAUUACAACAGCGUCAGUACCAUCGUCUGGUGGGAAAGCGAGUAAAUGGCAGCCUCUUUCUACAGUGGACCCGAGUCCUGUUGCGGAUAAUGAUCCAUUUAGCCUGGGCGAUAGUGACGAGGAAAAAGAUGCUAAGCCGAUCUCACUCAAGGAUGACGAGGUCGUGGCUUCUACCGGUACAAGUACCACUGAAGAGGCUGGUAAGAAGGCCACGACGGAGGAAGAUGAGAGAGUUAAGAAAGCCACAGAUGAGGCGAUUAAGGAGAGUAUAGCUAGUGAGACGAAGUAG